UCCUGGCGGCGGUGUGAGGUGUGUGACAACUUCUAAGGACACUUGAGAGGAGGCGCUCACACGUGGCGGGAACAAACGGAACUCCAAUUUUUGAGGACAAACGACAACUUUGUCCUUUCUUCGGUUGUUGUGAGACUAUUGCUAGGGUCAAUGUUACCAAAUGACCCCAUUAUGUGAUCGCUCCAACGCUUUAGUGCCGCUGUGAUCCAGAGAGAGAAGGAGAAGGAAGCAGGGUCAUCAUGGAGGAACCUUGGAGAUGGGAACUACUGACUAACUCCUUGCUGUUUAGUUUGUUCUCUGGUGUCAGCGAGGCCAGGUGUCAUGGCUGCCUGGAGUACUGCUGUGAAGGCUCGCCGCCGUUCUGCUGCUCCUACUACGCCUACGUGGGAGACGUCCUUUCGGGCACCGCCAUCUCGGGGAUCGUGUUCGGCGUGGUGUUCCUGAUGGGCGCCAUAGCCGCCUUGUUCCUGUGCGUGGGCAUGUGUGUGAAGAAUGGACACGGUGCCCGGGUGGGCGUGUUCAGCACCUCCUACAUCAACACUGUGACGCAGGGAUGCCCAGGUCCUCCACCUCCGUACACCUCCGACUGUGAGCUGCUCCCUCCUCCGCCGUACACGCCGACUCAGCCCGGGCCGGCCAACUCGUCUCCCCCGCCGCCUUACCCAGGAUGCACCAGCAAGUAAUUUUGCAGGGCUCAUCCACCGGCCGGCUGAAAUGAAACAUUCCUGUGCUGACUUUGCAAGCCGGAAAAGAACCUCAGGAGCGUCGAGCAGGUGCAAUAAUGCUUCAGCAAGCAGGUCAUCUGAGCAAAAUCAAACAGCGUUAAGCUGCUUGAUAUAUUAAAAAAGCCCAGCGUUGGGGGAUGAAUAAUAAUUGAAGUCAAUGUAGGAGGAGGACAUUGAGGCUCUGGGAGCCUGCAGCCAGUUAACCAAAACGCUUGAUCAUUGUCUGGCUGUGCACUUCAAAGGUACUGAGGGGACUUUUUUGAAGGUGCACAUUACUUUCCUUUUCUGCGCCAGGCAGGAAGUCUUUCUAUUACACGGUUUUAACUUGUUCUGCAUUCAUUUGCAGCAUGCAGGAUGGGGAAUAAUUAGGGACCGCAUGUCCCUUUGGGACAGAGGACCCUAUUGUAUUUCUAAGGUUUUAUUAUUCUUUCUUAUUCCGCCGCCUCUUUCAGUUGUAAUUUGACCCCCUUUACAUGCUUCAAAACCCACCAUAUAUGACACACACAUCAGGACUGGCGAAAAUUGCCAUCUAAUAUACAGAAAAAAAACAAAACUCAAAAUUGCUCUCUAGCGCCCCCUAGGAAAAAACACAGACAAAACUGCUUGUAACUUCUGUUAAGAAUGUCGUAGAGACAUGAAACAAAAACCUCUAUGUAGGUCUGACUUAGACCUAGAUUUCAUACAUUGACAUCCGUCAGCAAGAAUCAACAGGAAGGUGGCAAAAACCCCUUCAAAACAAAAGUUUCCUGAAAAAAAUAAAUUUUUGCCUAAUUGGGCAGUAUUUCGACCCCCUUAAAAUACUUCAAAACUCACCAAACUUGACACACACAUCAGGACUGGCGAAAAUUGCCAUCUAAUAAAAAAUAAAAAAAAACUCAAAAUUGCACUCUAGCGCCCCCUCGGAAAAAACACAGACAAAACUGCUUGUAACUUCUGUUAAGAAUGUCGCAGAGACAUGAAACAAAAACCUCUAUGUAGGUCUGACUUAGACCAAGAUUUCAUGCAUUGACACCCUUCAGCAAAAAUCAACAGGAAGGUGGCAAAAACCCCUUCAAACAAAAGUUUCCUAAAAAAUUUUAUUUUUUGCCUAAAUGGGCAAUAUUUCAACCCCCUUAAAAUGCUUCAAAACUCACCAAACUGGACACACACAUCAGGACUGGUGAAAAUUGCCAUCUAAUGAAAAAAAAUAAAUAAAUAAAAAACUCAAAAUUGCACUCUAGCGCCCCCUAGGAAAAAACACAGACAAAACUGCUUGUGACUUCUGUUAAGAAUGCCGUAGAGACAUGAAACAAAAAUCUCUAUAUAGGUCUGACUUGGACCUAGAUUUCAUACAUUGACACCCUUCAGCAAAAAUCAACAGGAAGGUGGCAAAAACCCCUUCAAAACAAAAGUUUCCUAAAAAUUUUAUUUUUUGCCUAAUUGGGCAGUAUUUCGACCCCCUUAAAAUACUUCAAAACUCACCAAACUGGACACACACAUCAGGACUGGUGAAAAUUGCCAUCUAAUUAAAAAAAAUAAACCCCAAAACUCAAAAUUGCGCUCUAGCGCCCCCUAGGAAAAAACACAGACAAAACUGCUUGUAACUUCUGUUAAGAAUGUCGUAGAGACAUGAAACAAAAACCUCUAUGUAUGUCUGACUUAGACCUAGAUUUCAUACAUUGACACCCUUCAGCAGAAAUCAACAGGAAGGUGGCAAAAACCCCUUCAAAACAAAAGUUUCCUAAAAAAUGUCAUUUUUGCCUAAUUGGGCAGUAUUUCAACCCCCUUAAAAUACUUAAAAACUCACCAAACUGGACACACACAUCAGGACUGGCGAAAAUUGCGAUCAAAUAUAAAAAAAAAAAAACUCAAAAUUGCGCUCUAGCGCCCCCUAGGAAUAAAACAGACAAAACUGCUCCUGGGAAGAAAAAACACAGACAAAACUGCUUGUAACUUCCGGUAGGAAUGUCAUAGAGACAUGAAACAAAAACAUCUAUGUAGGUCUCACAUAGACCUACAUUUCAUUAAUUGACAUCCUUCAGCACAAAUCAACAGGAAGUUGGCAAUUACCCCUUCAAAACAAAAGUUUUGUAAAAACCUGUCACCUUUUUUCAAACAUUAUCUCCUCUGAGCGCGUUUGUUGUGUCGGCUUCAAACUACCACAGGAAAGAGAUGGAACCCUUCUGAUUAAAA